GCGAGUCUCGUGUGUUUACGUGGAGAAACAUGGCGGUGAUUGUUGCCGUAAAGCCCGAAUAAACUGUGGAGAAAACCCGACAGCUGUACCGGUAAACCGGACCGGAGGCUCAUGUCAGUCGUGCACGUGUAGUGCUUGUGUGUGUGUGGCGUGUUUGUGACACGAGUGUGUUCGUGUUAAACCACAGGAACCGCAGAUAUGAUGGAGGACGACGAGCGACAGAAGAAACUACAGGCCGGCAAAGCCAAGCUGGCCGAGUACCGGCAGAGGAAAGCUCAGUCUGAUGGACAGAAGAAGCAAAAGAAGAAGAAAAAGAAAGCUGAGUCAGAGAUGGAGGAGCAGAGGAGAGAUGAUGGAGAUCAGACUGUAGGAGAGCAGAGAGGAGAUCAGACCACUGUCUUCUCCCUCUCAAAGACUCUUCAUAGUGGAGAAACCGUCACACAUGAUCAGACUUACACCAUAGAGCCGGAGAGUGAGGUGUCCACGACAGCAGAAGACUGUUCAUCAGAGGUUAAUGGUUUCCAGGAGAGAACAGGAGUGACCCUUGCGUCCGUGUUGGCGGAUGAGGAGUCGCACGUGGAGCCUGACCUGCAGAGCGGUGGACCUCAUAGUCCGAUACAGAUCAUGCAGGACGAGUUAGCCGCUAAAACCCUGGCCAUGGAGGAACUGAGUCGAGAGCUGGAGGAGAUCAGGGCUGCGUUUGGAGUUGAAGGAGUACAGCAGCUGCAGGACUUUGAGGAAGCGUUGAAGCAGAGAGAUGAAAUCAUCACACAGCUGACUGCUAACAUGCAGCAGGCACGAGCAGAGAAAGAGGAGGUGAUGAAAGAGUUUCUGGAACUGACGGAGCAAAGCCAAAAACUUCAGAUUCAGUUUCAGCAGCUUCAGGCUGGUGAGAUAAUGCGAAGCUCCAACAUCAGCUCCACUACUGCAGAUCUCCUACAGGCCCGUCAGCAGAUAUCACUGUACCAACAACAGCUGGAGGAAAAGGACAAAAAGGUCAAAGGUCACCAAGAGAAAACACAGGAACAUUUGUUAUUGAUUACACAUCUUCAGGAAAGGCUGGCUGAAGCUGAGAGGGUCCGCACACAAACUGAAGAAUCAUUUGCUCAGCGUUUAAGAGAUAAAGACCUGCUAAAUGUUGAACAACAGCGUCUGGUCUCAGAGCACCUGCAAACUUUAUCUCAAGUCCAAGAUCAACUGUUGACUUCCACACAACAACUCGAGGAAGUCAACAAACAUCUGUCCGCAAAGAGCCAGGAGCUGGAGAACUGUGAAAGAGAGCUCUCCGUAUCCAGGGAGAAAGAGCGAAUGUCAUCUGGAGAAAUACUACAGCUUAUGAAAACUGUAGAGGACCUUCAACAACGCUGCCAUCAGGGCAGCCAAUCAGAAGGUGAGAUCAAGCAGAGAAUAGAAGAAGAUUGGACACGGCGAAUGGAUCAGCUACGGGCCGAACUGGAUGAAAUGUACGGAGAGCAGAUCGUGCAAAUGAAACAGGAACUUCGGGUUCAACAUGCGUCAGAUUUGGAUCGAAUCCAAGAACGGCAUUCAGCGGACACGGAGAAGAUAUUCCUGCAGCAUCAUUCAGAGUUGGAGAGGUUCAAAGGUCAGCUGUCUCACAGCACCGGAGACGUAGGCGUUCUAAACAUAACGGUUAUUGAACUGCAACAGAAGCUGCAGGAAUCGCAGGAAUUGCGCGAUAAGGCGGAGCGGGAACUGAAAUGGAGGAGCGCAGAAAAUAUCGAUCUGGUGAACCAAGUUGAGCAUUUACACCAGGAGCUGCAGUCUGCAAGAGUGGAAGUGGAAUUAAGAUCUAAGAGUCCAGAGAAAAUCCAGACAGAAAUGCAAAUGCUUCGUGACGCGAUUACUGACCUACAGGCGCAGCUGGCCGCUGCACAGAAGGCCACCGGUGACCUUGAGGCCAAGCACGAUUCAGAAGUCACCAACUACAAGAUCAAACUCGACAUGCUGGAGCGGGAAAAAGACGCCGUGCUGGACCGGAUGGCAGAAUCCCAGGAAGCCGAGCUGGAGCGCUUGAGAACGCAGCUGCUGUUCAGCCACGAGGAGGAGCUCGUGCAACUACGAAACGACCUGCAGCGAGAAAGCCUCCUCAACGGAGAGAACCUGCGAGACGAGAUGGCCGUGAGACACCGCGAGGCAGUGGAACUCUUACGAAUGGAUUUCGAGGACAAGGCGAGGUCCGUUGAGAACGAGAGGGCGGUUUUAGCCGCAGAGAGAGAUGCGCUACGUCAUGAGAUUGUGGCGCUGAAAAACGAUCUAAAUCAGGCGCUAGAGAAUCUAAAACAGAAAGACAAAAUGAAAGAUGAAAACUGGGAGAAGGAAAGAAAAGACAUGGAGUCUGAGAAUAAGACGUUGAAAGAGACAAACACGGCCAUUAGGGACGAACUGAAAAACUUAAAAGCAGAUCAUGAAAUUCUUGAGGAUAAAACUGAACGUCUGUCUUUGGAAAACCAACAAAUGUGUGCACGAUUGAAAGACCUUCAGGAUGAGAUAGAAAAGCAGAGGAAUACUUUCUCUUUUGCUGAAAAAAACUUUGAGGUGAAUUACCAGGAGCUGAAGGAUGAGUAUACAUGCCUGGUUAAUACAAAAGUUCAGCUCGAGGAGCGUUUGAUCAAACAAAUGAUGCAUUACGAGACCAAACUCCGAGAUCUCCACGUGGAGCUUCAAACGGGUACCCUGAGGGACAAAACUGAGGAUGAGGAGGUGGACGGGAAAACGCUGGUAGAAAAAGAUUCAACGGAGUUGAUGGAAAAGCUGAAAACGUCUGAGAGAGAGAAGACGAUGUUGGCUCUGAGACUCUCUGAAACAGUCGCUCAGUUGACGCUGAUGGAGGCUAACGUCAAACGUCUUGAAGAGGAGCUGAAGAGAGACAGAGAUGAGACUGUUAUGAGACAUAAAGAGCAACAGGUUCAGCCUAUUGAAGACUGCAGCGUCUCUAGCGGGCUGUGCUCUGUAGAAACUCAUCACAUGCACAUCAGGUCUUUAAGAGAGGAGACAGAGACCCUUAAAUCGUCUAUGCCGAGUGCAGAACAAGAGCGCGGUGUCCUGACGCAGGAAAAAUCAGCACUUGUUGAGCGCCAGGCCUCAUAUGGGGGGAUGAACAGAGACCCCUCCUCUCAUCCAGCGGCUCAACGGAGCGAGGGAGGAGAGAGAGAGAGUACUACAGCAGACCCGCUCUGUGUACGCACACACGCAUCGACGCAUGAAGACCUGCUCACGGAUGGCAGGCGCAGACACCCGCAGCAGGUGAAAACUGAAGAUCCUCAGGAUGAUGGGGACUCAAUCAGAUCUCAGUGUUUGAUGGCGACGCAGGACAUGAGCGACUCUGAUCAUGAUGAGUGUCGUCUGCAGUUGGAGGCUCAGCGCAUCAGUCUGUCUCAGAUUCAUGCCGCUCAGCUGGAGCUGCUGCGAGAGAGUCUACUUGCGCAGCUGCGCAGCCGAGAGCAGGAGCUGCAGGAUGCACACGAGAGGGAGCUGCGGCGUUUGCGGGAGGAGUUUAUGAGCGUGCCACAGGGGGUCAGGGGUCAGUCAGCAGAGCUGAAGGUGGAGUUUGAGGAGCUGGGGGAGAGACACAGAGAGGAGAUUGAGCGACUGAAGAUUUACUACCAUCAGCAGAUGAAGGACACAGAGGAGCGCUGCUCUGCUGAGGUUCUCCUGCUCAAGAGGAGACUACAGGAGCGUACAGGAGGAGAAGACCUCUUCAGCACAUCGAGCGUCUGUCCACCCCUGACAAGUGUCAAACAUGAACAUCCUCAGGAUCAGGAGUCUCUCUCUGUAGAUGUUGAAGUAGAGCUGGCGUCUGCAGGUCUAUCACAUGAGCUGCAGGCUCAGCAGAAGGCUCAGUAUGAGAGCUCAUGUAAGAGGCUGGAGAGAAACGUUCAGGAGCAUCAGAUGAGCUUUCAUCCAGAGGAUACGGAUCUCAGACACUUACAGGAGAAACAUCAUCGAGAGUUGCUGGAGGAGGAGAUCGCAAAGGUAAUCGUGCAGAUGUCAGUUGAAUUUGCUCAGCACACCGAACACACGAGACUGAGUAAACGGGCCAGAGAGACGAGCACAUCGACACAGACACAGAACACUGAGACUGAACAGAGACUGACAGAUGAGCAGUCGGAUGCUGUAUCCAUGGCAACAGCACAGUCAUGCACACAGUCUUCUGAUGAAGAGCAACCCAUCACUCAACACAGACCAGAAGAUGAUGAAGAGGAGCACAGAGAGACUCCACCAGAGCUACCUGAUGAUGAUGAAGAUGAGCAGCAGCAGCGUCCGGUUGUGCUGGCAGAGGACUUUAGUUCAGAGCUCAUCCAGCAGGAAGAGGAACACACGCGUGUGCUAGAGGCACUCAGAGCUUCACACACACAUCAGAUGGAGUUUCUACAGGAACACAACACACAACUCACAGCACAGAUACACACACUGAACCAACAACUCCUGCAGCAGAGAGAGCAGGAGCUGUUGAAGGAGAGAGAGAGACUGAGAGAUGAUCAAACGUAUCCCAGCAUGCAAAGCAGCAGCACACAGACAGAGCAGAGGAGAGAAGAGGAUGAGGAGGAGACGAAGAGCGAUGGUCGCGAGAGACCUCUGACAUCACAUCAACCUGCACAAGACUCCACAUCUGACAUCAUAACCACAGAGAGAGACCUGCUGCGAAAAGCAAACAGUCGUCUGCGCCUGGUGCUGAUCGAUGUGCUGAAGACAACGGCGGCUGCGGAGGAAACCAUCGGGCGUCACGUCGAGGGAAUCCUGCAGUCGUCCUGUAAGGGUCAACUCAAAGCCACCCGUCCGGCGGAGGACUUUAAACCAUACAGCGGUCCCCUGAGAGACGCGUUCUCUGAAAGUUUCCAUGGCAGUGAGACGGGCGCUGAUGAUGUCACCAUGUUUUCAGGGGAGACCGAUGAGGGGCUGGGGAUGUCUCAGAGGAGCCAGGGGGUGGAGCUACAGCUGCAAGAGGCGGAGCUUCAGCUAGAGAGGGAGGAGUAUCUGAUGAGCAUCAGUACACGACUGCAGAGCGCAGUGGAGAAACUUCUCAACACCAUCACUGAGACAACCACCGAGCUGGAGCAUGCACACAUCACAAAGACCGAGCUGAUGCGAGAGAAGUUCAGGCAUAAUGAGGAGAUGGAGGAGCUGAUCCUCAGACAGCAGGAGCUGCAGGAGCGUCUGCAUCAGGAGGCAAGGGGUCGUGAACAGCUGGCGCUGGAGCUGCACAAGGCUGAAGGUUUGAUUGACGGCUACACCGGAGAGCGUUUGGCGUUGGAGCAGCAGGUCCGAGAGCGUGCAGAACGUCAGCGGCACCUAGAGCAAGAGCUGCACGUGACCGGCAACCGUCUCCGUGAACUCGAACAAGAGAGAUGCCAGAUGCAGCAGGAGCGAGAGCUGUUGUCACGGCAACAAGACGCCAUGAGAGACGGGGCGGGAUCUCGAGAGCUACGACUAGUUGACGCUGCGCUUGAAGCAGCACCUGAAGCAGACCUGCUGGAGGAGACGGAGAAGCUGAUGGCAGAGAAGGUGGAGGUGCAGCUGCAGGCGCAGAAGGAGAGCAGUGAGCUCCUCCUACAGGUGAAGCAGUUAGAGGCGGAGCUUGAGGAGCAGGUGAACCGCGUGCAGGAGCUGGAGGAGGCGCGCAGGAGCGAGGGAGCCGACCUUAGACAGCAGAUACAGGCCUUAGAAAAACAACUGGAGAACAACCGCAAGUUCAUGGAUGAGCAGGCAGCCGAUAGAGAACAUGAGCGGGACGUCUUCCAGCAGGAGAUUCAGACCCUGGAGCAACAGCUGAAGAACCCACUUAAAACACAAGCAGCCAAUGAGCACCGAGACAGAGAGGUGCAGGAGUUGAAGAGCGCGCUGCAGGAGAAGUCAGACUGGUGCAGUGAGCUGCUGUUAAAAUCUGAGCAGCUGCAGCGAGAUGUGCAGGAGAGAAAUGAGGAGAUUGAGACACUGGGAGCUCGUGUGAGAGAACUGGAGCUCAUGCACAGGGUUGAGGAGGUUCAGCAUGUGUCGAUGGCUGUCAGAGCGAGUGACAUCACACUGGAGGCACAGCUGCAGACAGAGAGAGAAGCUCUGGACAGGAAGGAGAAAGAGAUACUGAAUCUAGAGGAGCAGCUGGAGCAGUUUCGUGAGGAGCUGGAGAAUAAAAGCGAGGAGGUGAAUCAACUUCACAUGCAGCUAGAGAUUCAGAGGAAGGAGAUCAGCAGUCACGAGCAGGACCUGCAGGCCCAGAGCCGACUCAAACAGGUCUUGGAGGAGAAGGACGGGCAAAUAGCCGUUCUUAACACACAGAUCACUAAACUACAGCACACAGGAACAGAACCAAAGAAAGAGGUGGUGAAGGAGAAAGAUGAAGUUGUCCGUGAGUUGGAGGCUCAAGUGGAGCACCUACAGAAUGAACAGGAGCAUCUGAGGAGAAACAAGGAGGAGGAAGUCGACCAGCUCAAUGCAGUCAUCGAGAAACUCCAACAGGAGCUAUCGCACAUUGAGCACAAACAGCCUGUAGAGGAGGAGACAUCAUUGGAGAGGGACGAAUAUGAUGAAAUGAAGCAGAAAAUCGACGAGGUCACCAAAGAGCUUGACACGCUAAAAUCCGAUCACCAUUCUCUUCUGAACAAAUAUGAAGGUCUACAACAGGAGGUGCUUACUGGGAGACACACUGAGACUAUGGGAAAGCUGGAGGAGGCACUGGCAGAGAACAAAGAUGGAGUUCUCAGUGAGUUGAAGGCUCAGGUGGAGCACUUACAGAGUGAACAGGAGCGUCUGAGGAGAAACAAGGAGGAAGAAAUCAACCAGCUCAAUGCAGUCAUCAAGAAACUCCAACAGGAGCUGUCGCACAUUGAGCAAAAACAGCCUCAGGAGGAGGAGACAUCAGUGGAGAAGGCCAAAUAUGAUGAAAUGAAGCAGAAAACCGACAAGGAAGAGCUUGACACGCUAAAAUCCGAUCAACAUUCUCUUCGGAACGAUUUUGAAGGUCAACAACAAGAGGUGCUUACUGGGAGACGCACAGAGACUGUCGCAGUGCUGAAGGAGUCACUGGGGGAGAAAGAUGAAGUUCUCCGUAAGUUGGAAGCUCAGGUGGAACACCUACAGAGUGAACAGGAGUCUCUGAGGAGAAACAAGGAAGAGGAAGUCGACCAGCUCAACGCAGUCAUCAAGAAACUCCAGCAGGAGCUGUCGCACUUCGACAACAAACAGCCUCAGGAAGAGGGGACAUCAGUGGAGAAGGCCGAAUACGAUGAAAUGAAGCAGAAAAUUGACAAGGUCCCUAAAGAGCAUGACCCGCUAAAAUCCGAUCACCAUUCUCUUCUGAACAAAUAUGAAGGUCUACAACAAGAGGUGCUUACUAGGAGACACAGAGAGACUGGAGGGGAGCGAAAGGAUGCACUGGGGGAGAACAAAAAUGAAGUUCUCCAUGAGUUGGAGGCUCAGGUGGAGCACCUUAAGAGUGAACAGGAGCUUCUAAGGAGAAACAAGGAUGAAGAAAUCAACCAGCUCAAUGCAGUCAUCAAGAAACUCCAGCAGGAACUGUCGCACAUUGAGCACAAACAGCCUCAGGAGGAGGAGAGGUCAGUGGAGAAGGCAAAAUAUGAUGAAAUGAAGCAGAAGAUUGAUGAGGUCACCAAAGAGCUUGACACACUCAAAUCAGAUCACCAUUCUCUUCUAAACAAAUAUGAAGGUCUACAACAGGAGGUGCUUACUGGGAGACACACUGAGACUGACGGAACGCUGGAGGAGGCACUGGGGGAGGAGAAAGAUAAAGUUAUCUGUAAAUUGGAGACUCAGGUGGAACACCCACCAAGUGAACAGGAGUCUCUUUGGAAAAACAAGGAGGAGGAAGUUGACCAGCUCAAUGCAGUCAUCAAGAAACUCCAGCAGGAGCUAUCACACAUCAAGCACAAACAGCCUCAGGAGGAGAAGACAUCAGUGGAGAAGGCAGAAUACGACAAAAUGAAGCAGAAGAUCAAUGAGGUCACCAAAGAGCUCGACAGACUAAAAUCAGAUCACCAUUCUCUUUUGAACAAGUAUGAAGGUCUACAACAGGAGGUGCUUACUGUGAGACACACUGAGACUGAGGGAACGCUGGAGGAGGCACUGGGGGAAAACAAAGAUGAAGUUCCCUGUAAGCUGGAGGCUCAGGUGAAACACCUACCAAGUGAACAGGAGUCUCUGGGGAAAAACAAAGAGGAGGAAGUUGAUCAGCUAAAUGCAGUCAUCAAGAAACUCCAGCAGGAGCUGGCACACAUUAAGCACAAACAGCCUCAGGAGGGAGAGACGUCAGUGGAGAAGGGCGAAUAUGACGAAAUGAAGCAGAAGAUCAAAGAGGUCACCAAAGAGCUUGACACACUCAAAUCCGAUCACCAUUCUCUUCUGAACAAAUAUGAAGGUCUACAACAAGAGAUGCUUAGUGGGAGACACACUGAGACUGUGACAGAGCUGAAGGAGUCACUGGGGGAGGAGAAAGAUGAAGUUCUCCGUAAUUUAGAGGCUCAGGUGGAACGCCUACAGAGUGAACAGGAGUCUCUGAGGAGAAACAAGGAAAAGGAAGUCGACCAGCUCAAUGCAGUCAUCAAGAAACUCCAACAGGAGCUGUCACACUUCGACCACAAACAGCCUCAGGGGGAGGAGACAUCAGUGGAGAAGGCUGAACACGACAAAAUGAAGCAGAAAAUGGACAAGGUCCCUAAAGAGCUCGACACGUUAAAAUCUGAUCAACAUUCUCUUCUUAACAAGUAUGAAGGUCUACAACAGGAGGUGCUUACAGGGAGACACACUGAGACUGUGGGGGAGCUGAAGGAUGCACUGCUGGAGAAAGAUAAAGUUCUCCAUGAGUUGGAGGCUCAGGUGGAACACCUACAGAGUGAACAAGAGCUUCUAAAGAGAAACAAGGAAGAGGAAGUCAGUCAGCUUAAUGCAGUCAUCAAGAAACUUCAGCAGGAGCUGUCGCACAUUGAGCACAAACAGCCUCAGGAGGAGGAGACAUCAGUGGAGAAGGCCGAAUAUGAUGAAAUGAAGCAGAAGUUUGAUGAGGUAACAAAAGAGCUUGACACACUAAAAUCUGAUCACCAUUCUCUUCUGAACAAAUAUGAAGGUCAACAACAAGAGGUGCUUACUAGGAGACACACUGAGACUGGAGUGGAGCCUGAGGAGGCACUGGGGGAGAACAAAGAUGAAGUUCUCCAUAAGUUGGAGGCUCAUGUGGAGCACCUUAAGAGUGAUCAGGAGCUUCUAAGGAGAAACAAAGAUGAGGAAGUAAAUCAGCUUAAUGCAGUCAUCAAGAAACUCCAGCAGGAGCUGUCGCACAUUGAGCACAAACACCCUCAGGAGGAGGAGACGUCAAUGGAGAAGGGUGAACACGACAAAAUGAAGCAGAAGAUUGAGGAGGUCACCAAAGAGCUUGACACACUAAAAUCCGAUCACCAUUCUCUUCUGAACAAAUAUGAAGGUCUACAACAAGAGGUCCUCACUCGAAGACACACAGAGACUGUGACAGAGCUGGAGGAGGCACUGCGAGAGAAAACAGCUGCUUUUGUGGUGGUCCAGGCUCAGGUUCAGGCACUAGAGGAGAGUGCCAGUUUAAAGAUCAUGGAUCUGAGUCAGCGCGUUAAGGAACUUGAGAUGUGUGUUGAGGAGAAAGAUUCUGAGCUGCGUGCCUGCAGAAUAAAGGUGGAAGAAGCACAAAUUGACGCUGAUGCUCUGCUCUCUAAAGUCACCCAGCUUGAGGAGAAACUUCAGGAAAAGGUGGCCGCUGUGCUGGUCUCUCAAGCCCAGCUAGGAGCUGUCCAAACACAAAGCAAAGAGCUCCGUGAUGAGGCCCAUGCAAAGGACGUGACAUCAGAACUGAGCUGCCCCACUGCACAGCUGAAAUCUAAGGACUCCAGUGUACAUCUUGAGUCUAAGGGCCCCACUGUGCAGCUGGAUUCUCAGAGCCCCACUGUGCAGCAGCAAUCUAAGGAGUCCAUUGUACAUAUUGAGUCUAAGGGCCCCACUGUGCAGCUGGAUUCUCAGAGCCCCACUGUGCAGCUGGAUUCUCAGAGCCCCACUGUGCAGCAGCAAUCUAAGGAGUCCAUUGUACAUAUUGAGUCUAAGGGCCCCACUGUGCAGCUGGAUUCUCAGAGCCCCACUGUGCAGCUGGAUUCUCAGAGCCCCACUGUGCAGCUGGAUUCUCAGAGCCCCACUGUGCAGCUGGAUUCUCAGAGACCCACUGUGCAGCAGCAAUCUAAGGAGUCCGGUGUACAUCCUGAAUCUGAAGGCCCUAAUAUCCAGCCUGAGUCUGAGGGCGCUAGGUCACAGGUCGUAGCACCAACACUAACACCAGCCGGGAAACUUAGCAUUCUGAGAGAGAAAUUAAAGGAGCUUGAGGAGGUUUUGAGCGGGAUGCAGAAGGACCAGGAGUUACAGAAGCAUCUGUUGUGCAGCUCUGAAGAGGAGGUCCAGGAGUAUAAGAAGAGAUUGGCUGUUCUGAUGGACCUGCUCAACCAAAUGAGAACCAAAUCUACCCAUCAAAGACCAGAGUCAUCUGAUGAGGUGUCAGAUGGCAGCCAAUCAGUGUCCAGGGAGCUGCAGGAGGUCAAAGGUGAAGCUGCAUCCACUAAAGAGGAGUUGAACUGCUACAGAGAGCUGAGCCAUAAACUACAGGAGGAAAUUGAGAUUAAGGAGAGCACUAUUGCACAGCUCCAGACGGCCCUCAACCAGGUGUCAGCGGUUGUCACACGUGAAGGAGACGUGGCAGAAGCUGAGAAACUCCUUCAGGAACUGCAGGAGGUCAAAGCUCAGCUGGUCAUCACACAACAAGAGCUGGACACUUACAGGGAGCAGAGUGUUCGACUGCAGGAGCUGGUACAGGAGAGAGAAAUGAAUGUCGCACUGCUGAAGGAUCAACUUCACAAGCAGGCAUCACAAGAGGGCUAUCAGUCUACAUCAGAGCUUCUGCAGGAGCUACAAGAGGUCAAAGAUGAAGCUGCGUCUGCCAAAGAGGAGUUAAACAGCUACAGGGAGCGCAGCCUUAAACUGCAGGAGCAGAUCGAGGUCAGAGAUGUGUCCAUCGCCCAACUGAAAGAGGAAGUACAGGAACUGCAGGCAGCUGUGACCAGAGCCAGCGACGAGCCACCAUCUCACCCCAAAAAGAAACAUGGAGACAACAGAAAACAUCAUGGGGACGACAAAACGGCCCCGCUUUCUCAAGAAAACUCCACUGACCAAUCAAAGCGCUCAACACUCUCAGCGUCCCCAAGCGGGACCCCCGGACCAUCUCGUGUGGACGUGGGGACUCAGGCUGACCUGCCCGGAACGGAUGAUGUGGCGGAGAUGAUCGAGGGCUACACGGAGAAGAUCGGACAGAUGCAGGAGCUCCACGCCGCUGAGAUCAUGGACAUGGAGGCCAGACACAUCUCAGAGAGCGAGAGUUUGAAGAGAGAGAAGCAACGGCUGGAGGAUCGGUGCAGGAUGCUCAGAGACGCCCUGGAGAAACUCCCAACAUCUGAGGGUCUGUCAGUGAGAUCUGAACGACCUUCAGUUUCUCCAUUUAAAGAUGAAUACACCAGCGACAGCAGUUCAGACUGGAGUCAGCGGACCGGUUAUGAUCUCAUACAGCAGGAGCUCAGGACGACACCAGAUGGAGCUCGAAGAGACGUGGAGCCUGAUGUCCUACCUGACAGAAUCAAGACUCUUCUGAGAGAGGUCCAUCAGGAGGGGAUGGAGGUUCUGUCUUUAUCUGAGAUGGAGCGGAGCGGUGAACAGCUUCAUCCUCAGACCUGGAGUCUGGAGAGAGACGCUCUCAUCAACACCAUCGAGUCUUUAAAAGUUCUCAUCAGUAAAUUACACACAGACACACAGGUUGAUGGUGACUGGCGUGCUGAGCUCUUAUCUGCCGUCCAGCAGGUGUUUGUUCAAGAGCGAGAUGUGCUGAGGAACUUUCAUCAUUCUCAUCUCGACUCCACUGAUGCUGUCGUUCAUCUCAACCAGCUGGAGAGAAUCUUAACUGAACAGGAUGUUCGUCACAGGGAGUUUCUGGGUGUGUUGUGUUCUGCAGACAGAAAGAGUCUGAUCACAGAGAUCCAACAGCUCAGAGCUCAGAUCAACACACAGCACCACCCUGUGGUCAACACCGAUAUAACAGGAAACACAGAGAGAUCACAGACGCUGGAGUCAGAAGAUCUUCAGACUCAACUCAACCAAACUAAACUACAACUGGAAAAUUCACUGAAGUCUCAAAACAAACUCCUGAAGGAUCUCGACACACUCAGGUCGGAGGUCUCCGUGAAGACGGCUGAGCUGGAGUCACUGAAUGACAGACUGGCAGAUGAACAGAAGAGAGUCAGAGAGCUGCAGUGGCUCCAUGAGAAAGACAAAUGCAAAGCUGACAGGAAACAGGAAGUAGAGAGAGAGGAAGUAGAGGACCUUAAACUGAUGCUUGAAGAACAGAGAGCUCGUGUGGUUGAGCUGGAGAGAGAGAGACAGAUCUCAGGCCAGCAGACAGACGGGCAACAGGUGUGUGAUGUCAGCGUCUCAGCAGAGCUCCAGGUGCAGUUAGAAGCUCUGAGAUGUCGAGUGGUUGAGCUCAGCAGUGCAUUAGAGAAAGAGAAACAUCUCAACACACAGCUGAUUCAACAGUUAAAGACGAGUGUCACACCUGCUGCUGGGUCACAUGACACGCUCAUGCAGGCUGAAGACACCUGCAGUCAGGUGGAGGCCGGCGUUCUCUCUAUGGAGUCUCUGCUGCAGACGCUGCAGUCGCAGCUGGCAGAGAAGCAGACGCAGACGGUGCAGCUGAUGGAGCAGCUGGAGAGACAGAAACUGAACGAACUGCAGCGCAGACGAGAGUUUGAGGAGGAGAAAACCUCAAUGUCUCGAUCGGCCACGCAGGACCAGAGCACGCUGCGGACGGCUCGAGAAGGCACCGCUCGUUUGGAGAGACAGACGGACGAGCUGCGAGCGCAGCUGGACGCAGAGAGAGACGACAGGAGGAUGCUGGAGAGAGAGAGAGACAGGCUGCAGGAGAGAGUGAGACAGCUGGAAGAGAAAUUAAGACUCGUAGAGAAUAACCAGAGCACACAGACAGACGCUCAGUCUACAGACCGAACCCGUGACUGGGUGUUGCAGCAGAAGACGGGCGAGACCCAGCGUGAGACAACAGAUACACCGGCAGGUCAAAGUUCAGACCCUAAUCACGUGAGCAACAUACUGGGCCGACUGCAGCUCAUCGCUGCUAAGAUCAACAGUCUGACCAGUGAUGCCUCGGGCAGGUUAUCUGUAGAAGCAUCAGACCGUGACAGUCUAGCGUGGCUGCACAAUAACGUACAAGAUGUGAUGUCACUGUUACAACAUAUCCCAUCAGCCCCGUCUGCUCUACCAGAAAGCGCUGGUCUUCAGGUUGGAGGAUCAUCCAGUCUGUUAAAUGAGCGUUUACUCAGACAGAACGCAGAACUGACCGGCUUUGUCAGUCGACUCACAGAAGAGAAGAACGUGCUGAGAAACCAAAUCCUGAGACUCGAGGAGGAACUUCACCGACUCAGACAGAAGAACUUCAGUACACUCACAGUGUCUCUCAGGAGCGGUGUGGAGCGUCACGAGUCCCUGCUGCUUUCUAAUGAGCGCGAGUCCUGGACUCAAGAGAAGAGUCGAUUAGAAAAAUCUCUCCGUCAGGCCGAAUCGGAACUGAGCCGUCUGAGAGGAGAUAUUCGAUCCGAUACGCUCCGAGAUCUCACGGGAUCUGAUGUGGACAACAGCGCUCUCAAGAAGCUCUAUGGCAGAUAUCUGCGUGCUGAGAGCUUCAGGAAGGCUUUGAUCUAUCAGAAGAAAUAUCUGCUGCUGCUGCUCGGAGGCUUUCAGGAGUGUGAGGAGGCCACGCUGUCUCUCAUCGCCCGCAUGGGUGGCCGCCCCACACACACCGGUCUGGAGUCGCUCGGACGUCCACGCAGAGGCUUCACUCGCUUCCGAUCGGCUGUGCGAGUCUGUAUCGCCCUCUCGAGGAUGAAGUUUCUGGUAAAGAGAUGGCAGAGAGCAGCAGGUGUUGCUUUCACCUCUCAGAUCAUCAGCAGGAACGGUCAGAUCACAGGUACCGAUGUGAGGAAUGAAUCUUCAUACCUUCACCCCGGUGGUGUGGAUGUGUUCAGAGAGAGACGAACACCCAGCCGCGGGCGUACAGGACGAGAGUCACCUCGAUCUGCAGCAUCCGUCCAACACCGGUAUCACAUCAUAGCAGGUGACUCUGGAGGUUUACCUUGUUCUCACCUGCAGAACUAUGACCCCGAUCGAGCUCUUACAGACUACAUCUCACGUCUGGAGGCCCUACAGAGACGACUAGGAAGUGUGCAGUCAGGUUCAUCUUCAUACGCUCAGAUGCACUUUGGAGUCAGAAGAUAAAAGAUCUUCAUUUACAUAAAAUCUGGCUUAAAGAAACUCGGUUGCCUUCUUUUGUGCUGAGCUGCUGUGCUUUUGUAUUCUUACCAUAACGUGGACAUUUCUGUGGGACCAAAAAGACAUUUAGUGUGCGUAUCAUCUUAUAAUCCGGCUUUUUGGCAGCACUUGAAACGGCUUCAGUGUCUGUAUAUUAGUUGGAUAUUAUUUGUUGUUCAUGGAAAACAAUCCUGCUGUUAAUGUAUAUUUGUGGAAUGCUAAUUUAAAUGGAUUAUUUAAGUUGAAAGUGAAUGAAUUUGGUGGACGGCGAUGAGGUCGGCUGCUAUCGGACUCUUGAUAACACACCUGCUGUAUGUAUGUGCGUAGUGAACACUAACCGAAAGACUUAAUGAAUGUUAUUUAUGAACGCGGUACAGAUGUGUGGCGUUAUCACAGAUCCUCUACACUGUGUUUUAUUAGCUCACAUGAACAGAUCACUGACGAGAUUUGUAGAAGACAUAUUUUUGUAAAGGUAGGAGCUUUGGAUUUUAUGGGUAUUUUGUCAAAACUGAAAUAAAGAUGAAUAUUUCAAAGCA